AGCUCACUUGGCAUGAGUGCUUGAAUGCUUAAAGCAACGAUUAACUACUUUCAGUCUCUUAAAACCCAGUCUAAGUGAGACAAAAUGCUGUUUCAUUGGGCUGAUAUUCUGCACUUUAAUCGAUUAAACUGCUGGACUGGGCCCCACUUCCUAAGGUUUUUCCUGCACAUUCAGUGUUUUUGUACACUUUGUGUAUCUGAGCCCUAUUUUUAUGAGAGCUGUACAGGAGUUUGGAAAUGGGGUUCAUGUAGGAGAGCUGCAUUCAAUGUAGACUGCUGAGCCAAGCUGCCUCAAACACAUCAAACCCAGCAUAAAUUUUGUGUUCUUCAAAUUUAUGGCCUUCAGCAGCUCUUUGGAAGAACUUGGCUCUGGAUUUACCUUAUUCCCAACCCAGCUCUCCUUCCUUCGUUUCCCACCAAUGAAUUUCCCUCUGUUGAGGCACCUCUGGAAGUGCCUGGGGCACACUGGGAGGGAUGCCUGCCUGCUUGCACACAUCCCAGGUGGGACCAAAACCGCAGCGAGGUUACUAAGAAGUGGGGUUUGUCUGUCAAAAAGCAUGUCCUCAUAACAGAAGAAUCUUGUUUUGGAAAUCAUUAUCCGUAUGGACUGAUGCCUGCCUACAUGUACACAGCCUGUGGGCUUAGCUUUGAGGUGAGUGAGGUUUUAUGCUUUGGCACAGAUACUGCCCCAGGCUUGACCUUCAGCCCUGCUUGAGUGGCUGGAGCUCAGGGCCAGUGGGCUCUCUGCUCCCAAGGAGCAUGGGCUUGUCCUCCCCUAGGACAGGCAGAGGGGCUGCCAGUACAGGAGGGGAAUUCAGGAAGAUUUGCUGGUGACUGCAGCAUAAUUAAUGGGUGUAAAAUCAAUUUCACUUGAGCAUAGGUGAUGCUCAAGGCUGUGCCGUUCUCAUCUGUCAGGCAGGCUCUCUGUGGUUUGCAGCAUGCACCCGCUGAGAGAUCCUGGGUUUGGAGUCAAAGUGCAUGGGAUUUUUGGUAACAAAGUCCAAGGAGCUGCAGUAGUACAAGAGAGGAGCAUUAAUGGAAACCGGGGGCUAAUGCUUGAGGAAAUAGAAAUUGGACCAGAGACUCUCUCAUAUUAAGCAGGUGUCUGUAUGUGGUGCUGUUUAUGACUGUGAAACUAAUCUAUGUUAAUAAUUGAUUGUUCAAUUAGUAAAACAAAUGUGACAAAGCCAGGCAGCUUUGUGUACCAGUGAUGACAGGAAUAUAUUUGGCUGCAGCCCAUUAUCAGUCUAAGGCUGAGAAACAUUAUUCCAAGAAAAUCCUGCUUGUUAUUCCUCUUGUUUACUCUUUUCUUCCACCACCACUUACAAUAGCAUAAUACAGGCAGACACUAAGUGCAUGCAGUGAAUAGCAUUAGAUGAAGAUGUAGCUGUGCUUAUUGUAUUGCUGAUAAUAACACCAGACAGCAUAAAAAGCCCAGAGCUUUUCAGGCAAGGUGACAUCAGAGCCCCAACUUUUUCUGCAGAUUUUGAGGAGGAAAAGCAAGCUGGCAGGAAUUCUUGCAGAGGGGCACGGAAACAACAUCUGCUGCUGUUUUUUCUUAUUUGCCCUUGUAGUGUUGUUAUGUUCAGAGUGAUGGUGUGUUUUGCAAAAAAUGCAGUAACUUUGGUGUAAGCAAAUGUAACUUUUUGACAAACCUUGGAAAUGUGUAAAUGUAGGUACAGAUUACUCUUUUUACAGUGUGAGGCUUUUUUUACAACAUGCCUGAGAAAGUGAAAAUAAAUCCUUUUUCUUGGUGUCUUAUCUUACAAAGCAGUACAUGUGGAGUACACUGUGAAGGUUUUCUCAGUCAGUUUCCAGGAGCUUGCCAAUCCCUUAUCAGAAGUUACACAAGAGCUGGACCUCUUCUGCUUAGGCCGUUUAAAUCUAUACAUGUUUUUACAAAUCAGUAUUGCAGGUAAUACGCCAGUAAUCAUUCUUCUGAUUGCCACUAGUAGCUUUCCUAGAAGGGUCUCAAAGAAACACAUAACCAUUAAUUGCUUAAUCCUCACUGCUCUCCUGCCAGCACAGUCCAGAGUGUGUAAAAAUGUAUUAUGACCAUUUUUCAAGGAAAGGUUGCAAGGAGAAGGCAGAUUAAUAAAGGGAUGGAACCACCUUAAUAAAUGGCUGUGCCCCUUUUGGAAAGCCUGAUUCAGUCCCAUAGCCCCUCUAGCUCAGUCAGCACUUUUCAGGCUGCUGCCUGACCAUAUGGGAAUUUGAGCUUCACAUGUUUUUUUCUCUUUGAGUUUUGAGAAAGCAAUUAGUAAGUUGUUCUGCUUAUUGCUUACUUCUGCAAUGCCCAAGCUAUGUGGAGCUUAGGGAUUCACACCUCCAUUUGAUCUGUGGUGUGGCACAGCAGACUCUAGCUGGGGACAUUUGGGGGCAGGUCCAAACCUGCAGCACUGUGUCAUUGUUGACUCCAGGAGUGAGGAGGCAGAGCUACAGGCCUUUAUGUAAUGAACGUUGGGAAGAGAGGUGUGAUUAAUAAAGACUGUAAUGCCAGUGAAUUGGUACAGAGAUCAGUAACACUCAUUUUCACUGUCCCAGAAGGCUGUGUGCCCUUAAAUAAUGGUAGCAACAAGAAAGAGUCAAAAAUAAUUAUGCCAUAGUGAAAUACAGUGGUUUAUUUUUUUGUAAGUGUUGUACUUAAACUUUCAAAGAUUUCAUGCCAAAGGAAAUGGCACAACAAUUUUGAAAGGAGAAGAGGCAGCAAUCACAGUUUUUUUGUUGUUUUGUUCUGUUACUCUCAUUUCCUUUGUGUGCUCUUGACCCUGAGCUUGCCAGUGCAGGGAAAUUUAUUUGGUGUUUGUACAGCAUGUUUGGGCUUUGUUUUAAUUGUAGUAUUUGAACAUUACUAAUAAACAAUAAUUAUAUCAAUAAUGAAACCACACAGAUACAUGUAUAAAAGUUGGAAUACUGAAGUAAAUCUCCAUGAGAUUCAUUUGUGUAUAAGGUAUAUAAUCAGGCUUAUGGUCAAUUUCACUGAUUUUCUGAUAUGAGUCUCUGGUGUUCACAUCAAAGUUUGUGCUGCAUAUAAUUUCUGGCCCCAUAAAAUAGCUGUACCUAUUUUUCUAUACCUAUGCCUAAAUCAGUGCAGUGGGAAAAUGGAUUGGCUUGUGCUACAGACUGCUGUAACUUUGACAAAAGAGCUUCACAAUUCCAAGUGAAUUAAUAAAAAAAAAAAAAAAACGACUUGAUUAUUUGCAACCCUUGGUGUGUUUGGUAAUAUUAGAAUUCAUAAGGGGAUGGAUGUUGUAGGAGACAGAUUCUAAAGUUCAUGAAAGGUGUGAUAAAUUCUCCUACACCUCUCAGGUUUUAUGGCAUGACUUCCUAUUCCGCACAUAGUGUUCUCCUACUCUUCACUUCUACAUUUGUUUAAAGAGGGAUGAAUUAACCUGUCAGAGCAGCUGACGGAAGGGGCUCAGCGUCUUAGAAUGGGCAUUCUUGGCUGCUGCCCUGGCUUGUGUUCAGGGAGAUAGAUCAGUGAGCAGAAAGCAGGUAAAUGGUCAAAAUUAUGACAAAUAAAUCUUUGACACAGUUCUGGAAGUUACAUGUGGGUUUGGUUGUAAAUGUUUAGCAGAUGUCACAUGCCACUGGCAUUUAUUAGUGACUUUGAUAUUGUAUCCCUUCAUUAUUGGCUUGAAGGACUCCCUUGGCUUGAAGGAAUUUUGCAGAGGUUAUUGAUGGCAGGGAUGCAAAUGAACCUGGUGGUUUCUAUGGCAAUGUUGCUGUGUCCUGAAGUGGUACUCUGUAUUUGCCAAAAUUAAGCCUGAAAUAUCAUAUAAAGUCCAGAACUGUUACCUUCCAUUGGUGCCCUUCAAGGGUUGGAGUGGUCUCCCAGUCACAUCUUUGUCCCAUAAAAUAAAGGCUGGACAGGUUGUUGUUUUUUUUUUUUUUCACAUGUUUUCCAUGCAGCACAUGCUCCAAGCUGCUCUGUGCACAAGUAGUAUAAUGUUGUGACCAGAGAAAUCUGGCUGGAUUGCCUCACUCUGGCCAAAUGGCUCUGCAAUGGCAAGAUCUAUUUGUCUUGGAAGAAACAGUAAAUGAACUGAAGUUGGCUCCAGCUUCCAAAAUCUUUAGCUGCACUGGAUCUCUGUAUUCUGGUGGUUUUCUAUAUUAGUGCUGGCAAAUGGCAAAUGUGAGUGUAGCUAAGUCAUUUCACUUUUCUUUGCUGUAGAGUUCAUAAGUAUGUAAAAUAUAUAUCGUUAAUGCUAUUACUAAAGCAAAAUUAAACUCAAAAGACUGUGGUCAUGUGCUGCCUUAAAGGAAUGCAUUGAAUAUCACUGCUUUGCUGAAUCUAAAUUCUGCCUCUUAAGCAUAGGUAUAGCACAGUUUGUCUCCUGGAAGUCUACAGUCUUCUAUUGUUUAGCUUAAUUUAGCUUCGAAAACAUGGAAGCCAAACACUUAGAAAGCAGCUGUUCAACUGAAUGUAUUAAGCAAUUUACUUUCGGUAAUGUAGCCUAUAAAAUUUUAAUUUUGGAUUAAAUAAACCGUAUCCUUCAGCGUGGCUUUUCUACCUUGAUGUUCAGAGAAUGAAAUAUGGGCACAUUUAGUGAAUUUCUUCUCCAGGAUGUGCCAGUGGAUAAGGGUCAAUAGUUUCCUAAUGAAAGCAGUCAAUAGCAAUUUCUCUUAGUAAGCACAAAGAAAUUAGCACCAAACAACAGGCACAAAGUUGCAGAAGUUUUAUGUGAUGGUUUGGUUGGACUGCUCCAGGAUUUAGGAAAUAGCUGUAGCAGGUAGCAUACUACUGCUCAGUAGAUAGCAAGCAGAGGUUGGCAGAAAACAGAUCAAUUAAAAAGGUAUCUAAGCAAGAUAAAAACAAAAUUACAAAUGUUUGUGUCUGUGUGUGCAAAAGUAGGCAUAUUUUCUACAGCGUUUAUUUUAUGCAUUUCAUAUCUUAACAUGUGGAGCUAAGCAGACAUUUUGCUACAGAACAAAGGUGGAGAUGACUUCUUGUCAUAGUUCCUUCACAAAUGUUGUUCUCACUCUAAAAACAUGUGAUGUCUUGUGUCAUAACUGUGGCAAGAUUGCAUGUGUUUUACCCAUACUCCUCUUGGGAUAAGAUCUUCAGCUGCUAUUGAACAUUUUUGCUCCUGUGAUCGUGACUGAAGUGUCCUUUGAAACAGCUUAAGACUUGUCCCUUUCCUUAGUCUUGGAAUAGCAUAACAGAGAAAUGAUAGAGCAUUAACUGAGGCUGUUUUCCUAUAUGAAAUCAAUAGUGUUCUGCAAGUUUCAGAUCAAAAUCCUGCAGAUAUGUCUCUCUGACUGGUGUCCCUGUGAUCCAACCAUGAGAGGAUGCAGGGAGGGAUGUUUGUGGGUGUACAAGUGAUGACAGAGACUCUCAAGGGAAAUUGUUGACUAUCUCAAACACACCCUGUUUUUAAUCUAAACGAAUCUCAGCCAAAGAGUUUCUAGCAAUUUUCUAAGUAGAAAAAGGCUGACUUUACAUCUAACACGUUCCAUAAACACGUGUAAAAUAACUAGACCUGAGAAUUAGUGAACAUCUCUAGCCUUUACUCCUGUUUAUUCUUGAUAUCAAAUUAUCUUUUGACUUAUGACUCAGUCACAUGUAGGCUCUGAGAUGUAAGAGAUGGGAAUUCAACAGAUUUUAUUAAAAUAUGUAGGGAAUGUUUGUAGCCUGAGAGGCUUGGUUUGUAAUCUGUUUUGUUUUUAACUCCUCUUUUUUAAUGUGGUUGUUCUUAAGCUCUGCUCAAUUUUUCACUGUAAAAUAGAAGUCUCACACAGUCAAUAGCUAAGUUUGUACAAUCUAUAUUGUAGUAUUGAUUUGGGACAGGUGAGGAACUCAACUAUUGGCAGACUGAGGAAUGAAGGAGCAUUUUUAAUAUGGCUCAGACAAGGUUCUGCCAAGGGCCCUUUAUUCAUCCUGAUUCCAAAGCAAUACCUCAUUGCAUCUGAAUAACAGCAAGGGAGACAGAGAGACUGAGUAAACAGGGGAGAAUAGCAAGAUCUUAGAAACAAGUCUCUCCUAAGUAUUGUCCAAUGCUGUAGGCUGUAAAGGACUGUGAGGGUAAUGCCUAUUUAAUGUGUUGCUUUGAAAACCUAGUGUUUCAUCUCUUAACAUUUUGACAAAAUCUAACUCUUAGAAUAAAAUUAAUAUAAUAAGCAAAAAUACUUUUUGAGUGGCAGAGGAAAAACUCAAGUAUUUUUGUAUGGAGGCACAGCAGGUAGUCACUUUUUCUUAGUUUCAAAGACUCAUGCUUUCAUGUACUUGUUUCUUUGAUGAGAAAAGUAGCUUAGUGCUCAUAUUAUAUACUUUCAGAGCUAUUGUUUGAUAGAGAAAUUUCAGGCAUGGAUAGUUUAUUGAAGUUUUGAUUUUAUUCUUGAUAGACUACCAAUUUGUCCAGCAAAGAAAAUGGUAAGGAAAAUUUUUUCUUCUUCCUGUUUCAUUCUGCAGUUCUCUUUCCAAAAAGUGUAACUUCAUUAUAUACUCAAUCUCAUUCUCUGCUGUUACACAAAGACUAUGCUGUAGAGAUACACACUGCCCAUCAGAAAGAGCUUUAGUCCUGGUCUGCCAUGACUUCAUGGAUAACCAGGCAGAGAAUGGCUCUUCUUGUUUAUCCAGGCUGCAUUGCAGUGGCAAAAUUAAAAUGAUGCUCAUGCUGCAGAUGUAGGACAAAAAGUGAUGUUUUGACUUUCCAGGAUUUCAUGCUUCCAUGAAACCCCAUGGUUGACAUCUAUUGCUAGCAGUCUCCAGUUGCUCUUUAGUCCAGAGCACAGAGACACCUGGAGCAAGGAGAAAACUGGUGAUUGUAUAUUCUUGAGGCCAGAAUCCUUCAACAACAGGAUUAGAAAGCCCACUAUUAUUUAUUAUUACUAAAAUGAUUGUUUUACUGGAAAUCCCAACUGGUUGUACCAGAUCUGCAUAAUGUUGCACAGGCAAAGGACAUGAAGGUUGCCUUCUGCUGGGAUGAUUAAUUGUGUGCCUGGGUACCUAAAUACAGAAUACUCUCAUGUGCGUGUACAUUCAGCAUGUUGGCCCAAAUCCCUCAGACCCAGCAGACUGAAGGACAGGUUAUUCUGACAUACUGGAAUAGCUCAUCUCUUUGUACAAGGCAUUGGUUUCAGGAGCCAAGAGUUGGGUUGUUGGCCUUUUUCUGCUGGAGGAGUAGGAGACAAGCCCUUUCAGAACACCAGAGGAAGUCAGUAAGGGUGCUCCAUAUUGUGUAAAAAUAUUUUGGAAUAGGACUUGUAUUAUUUUUCAUAAAGUACCUCUUGCAGGAGGAAAAGGCUGUUUUGAAAUUACACAACGGCAAUGGCACGUGUAGCUGUCUCUCAUUUGGAUUGAAAACCAGUACAAUUAUCCCUAAUCAAGGUUUGUAAAUGCAGAGAAUGUAGAUUUCAGUUCAGUCAUCCAUGCUUGUCAAGGUAGGGAAGUGCUCACUAUCCAAACAAGCUUCAUACUCACUACCUUCAGUUAACAACCCUAUUACAAGUGAAACAUUUAACCUCCCUGGUCCUGGAUUAAAUUAAGCUGAUCUUGAAGGGCAGUUCUAGAUUUUUCUCUUCUGUGGCUGUGUGAUUAUGUUGCAUUCUCAUGCCUCUAGACUUCCCCUGGAAACACACAGGUUCCAAUGUGCACCUAUGGUCCCUCUCUCUGUGGUUUCCCCUUCUUCUUCCAGGGCCUCCCACCUCACAGCAGUAAAUGCCUGCUGUUCUUUUUUCCAGACUUCUAAUAUCCUCCCUUGGUAUCAAGAGAGCAGUGACAGAGCUGUGCUAUGGUGCCCUUCCUCUACAUGACCAUUGCCUUCUUUUUUUUCAAAAACGCAAAUUUGUCUUUUUCAGAAACUAGCUGUAGGCUUAGUUCUUUUGUAAAUAAAGGGAGAUAAAUAGUCUCAAAAUCCCUGCCUAAUAGUGAGUAAAUUAUUAGUUUUGUCCUUUUCAGAGCAAUUAUGGGUAUCUGGUAAUAUGGCGAUUCUACAUUAAAUUCUCUAUGGUACAAUCAUGAGCUCAUGCUGAGGAACAAAAAAGCUCAAAGUUAAAAAAGAAUCACUGGAAAAAUGCUAAAAGGUUUCCUCCCUUUCCCUGUGCCCAGCUUCUGUGUGCUAUUUCAGUGAGUGUCUGGUUAUUUAUGGCCAGUAUCUAGACACACCACAGCUUGUAUUUAUCUUGGGUACCACUUGUAGGAAUACUUUUGGAGAUCCAGUACUGCAGAUUGCAAUGGAAGCUAAAUAUCCAGGAUCCCAUGUGGACUGGUACAAAAUGUACUGAAGGGAAACCUGUCACUUCUUCAUCACUUUUGUUAUCCAAGCCAUAAAGAUUAAAGUGUCUCACUGCCUGCCAAUACAAUUCAAGUUGUGUUGUAGACCUAGAUUAAACUCAAAGGGAAGCAUAAUGCAUCCAUUUUAUUCAAUAACGAGAAAGAAAUGGUCUGACACCCACAGGCCAAAUUUCUUGAAGGGUUCAUUUUAAAAUAAACCCAUAUAUUAAUCUGUUUGCAUUGUCUCGGAGAAAAAUGGUUCUUUGAUCAAAGGCAUAAUCAGUGGAAGGUCAAGUGUCUUCCUGCCAGAAGUGUAAAUACUUUGUUGCAUCUGUGUCUAAAAGUGGUUUUGGGAAGACUCUUGUAGAUGUCUAGCUAUGGCUUUAAGUUUAGGGUGGAUCUCUUCUAGAUGCAGCAUGAAUCCAGUGAAAAGUAAAAUUUGUCCCUUCAGGACUUGAAAAUAUUAAAUGGUGAAAGAAGGGUGGAAAGAAUAAAGAUUAUUGCUAUGAUCAUACAGGCUGAAUGGCUUGCCCAUGCUUAUUCAAGUUGUUUCUAGAACAGCUGGGAUUGACCUUUUAAGCCCUAGGUACACAUCUGUCACACAGCUCCCUUCCCCUCAGGACUUUUCCACUGGGUUUAUGUUGCAUUGGGCUGGACUUAUUUCCCAUGUGAAAUGUAAAUCUUCCUUUCCACACCUGGCAGGAGCAUCCCUCAUGUUGUCCUCGCCUAGGAUGUUGAGAGCAUAGGGAAAGCCAAUGCAGUGCAAAGUCUUGCCUCCCACAUGACGGGCUUGUCUUGCACAGAGAAUUGAGUUGUCACUGCAGCGUGGGACACAGCUGUCAGUAGCUGUAAUACAGCGUGCCUGCAAAUUUCCUGACAAAAUUGGUACAGUCAGCACACAGUGUGCUUUACAGCAAUAAUAAUCAAAUGUUCCAUUGUGAUGUAUGAUGGAAGAAAUAGUGCUGGCACUCCUGGCCCCACUCUCAUAGGUUCUUCAUAUUAAUAGACAGCUUCACCAAUUUUUCCUCUUCACCAGGGGAGAAAUCCAUCCAGACAGCUGGGCUGCAUUUAGUUUUGUAAACCUCAGGGCAUACUCAGCUUGCUCUGGAGCGACAGGAUUAGCAGCACCAUACAUAUGUGAGAAUUUGCCUGAAUCAUUUCUGAAGCACACCAAGUACUGGUCAGGGUGUAAUGGGCUGUGCUGAGAGCUCAGCACCACUCACAGUGGGUACCUGCCUGUGAGGGUGUGUGAAAUAGCAGCAUCUGCAGCUGGCACAUGAUUCUGGGAGCACAUGAAGACCCUCCUCACUGUUCCCUGCUUCUGUCAAAAUUCUGCAGGAACCUUUCUCAACACAGCCACUGGAAAGAAAAAUAAUAGGAGCUCGCUGGCUGUGUUGUUAUUAUUCAGCUGGUAUUGAGUGGCAGUACCAGGACACUGCAGAACUGCCUCUCUCUAGCUGUCAGCUGAUCAGUUGUGACAGCCCUAAUAAUGGUUAUGUCAGGAGGCAAGUAAAAAGAUGCUACAAAUGGAUUGCACGUGUAUAAUUGCUUCAAAAACAAAUCUGUUAAUAAAAGGAGAUGAGAAAAUUGACAGGAAGAGAUGGCUUAUUGCAUGCUAAUUUUCUCCAGCUUUCAAAUUCCCUCUCUCUCCUUUUCUUUUUUUUUUUUUAAUUCAAUUGGGUCACUUCUGUGGAGAAUCAUGGUCAGAAAAUUGAAUAUGGGGAGGAAUUCUAUACAAUAAAUAAUUACAAUGAUGUGUUAUUCCCAACAAGGAUCAAGUUCAGGCAGAUGGAUUUGGCAGAAGAGCUGUUAGCCAUCUGAUGGCUUCUUCAGUUUAUGUUUACCCUGUUGUAGUACUUAGACUUUUUAUGCAAAGGGGUAUAUGAAUGGAGUGGCCUAAAAAGCAUAAAAUCUCUUAGCUUAUGUCUUCAAAGGUUCCAAGAUGUGGUUGCACCUGCAUUAUCCCUCUAGAGGAAACAGAAGAUGCUGCAAAUUCUGUUCAUAGAAAUGGCAAAACCCACAAGAGAUGACAAGGAUUUUAUUUACUCAGUCCACAACGUAACAAGAUGCAUAUGGGUGUUCCUGAAUUAAAAUGCUUUGCCUUCUGCACUUCCUCAAUGACGACUUUUUUCAUGAGCUUCCAGAAACUUUUCCAUCUGAUCCUCCAGAGCCAUUGCCCCACUUCCUCAUUGAACCCGAAGAGGCUUACAUUGUGAAGAACAAGCCUGUGAAUCUGUACUGCAAAGCAAGCCCAGCCACACAAAUCUAUUUUAAGUGCAACAGCGAGUGGGUUCAUCAGAAGGACCAUGUGGUGGACGAGAGGGUAGAUGAAACCUCUGGUCUGAUUGUCCGGGAGGUCAGCAUCGAGAUUUCCCGGCAGCAAGUGGAGGAGCUCUUCGGGCCGGAGGAUUACUGGUGCCAGUGCGUUGCCUGGAGCUCCGCAGGCACCACCAAGAGCCGCAAAGCCUACGUCCGCAUUGCAUAUCUCCGGAAAACUUUCGAGCAGGAGCCCUUAGGGAAAGAAGUGUCCCUGGAGCAAGAAGUCCUGCUCCAGUGCCGUCCCCCUGAAGGCAUCCCAGUGGCUGAGGUGGAGUGGCUGAAGAAUGAAGAGGUGAUUGAUCCUGUGGAAGACCGAAACUUUUACAUCACCAUUGAUCACAACCUGAUCAUCAAGCAAGCCCGGCUUUCUGACACCGCCAAUUACACCUGCGUUGCAAAAAACAUCGUGGCCAAAAGGAAAAGCACCACAGCGACUGUGAUAGUCUAUGUGAAUGGAGGCUGGUCCACCUGGACAGAGUGGUCUGUGUGUAACAGCCGCUGUGGGAGAGGCUUCCAGAAGCGCACAAGGACCUGCACCAACCCUGCCCCGCUCAACGGCGGUGCCUUCUGCGAGGGCCAGAGCGUCCAGAAAAUAGCUUGCACCACUCUGUGUCCAGUGGAUGGCAAGUGGACAUCCUGGAGCAAGUGGUCCACCUGUGGCACGGAGUGCACCCACUGGCGCCGCAGAGAGUGCACGGCCCCAGCUCCCAAGAAUGGGGGGAAGGACUGUGAGGGGCUGGUGCUGCAGUCCAAGAACUGCACAGAUGGGCUCUGCAUGCAGGGUUUCAUUUAUCCUAUUUCAACUGAACAGAGAACCCAGAAUGAAUAUGGAUUUUCUUCUGCUCCUGACUCAGAUGAUGUUGCUCUCUACGUGGGGAUCGUCAUCGCUGUGAUCGUGUGCCUGGCCAUUUCUGUGGUCGUGGCCCUGUUUGUCUAUCGCAAGAACCACCGGGACUUUGAGUCGGAUAUCAUUGACUCCUCGGCACUAAAUGGGGGAUUUCAGCCUGUCAACAUCAAGGCUGCAAGGCAAGACCUCCUGGCAGUGCCACCAGAUCUCACUUCUGCUGCAGCCAUGUACAGGGGUCCUGUGUACGCCUUGCAUGAUGUCUCUGAUAAAAUCCCAAUGACCAACUCUCCAAUCCUGGACCCGCUCCCCAACUUGAAGAUCAAGGUUUAUAACACCUCAGGUGCAGUCACUCCCCAGGAUGACCUCUCUGACUUCUCCUCCAAGCUGUCCCCACAGAUUACUCAGUCUCUGCUGGAGAAUGAGACCCUGAACAUGAAGAACCAGAGCCUUGCUCGGCAAACUGACCCAUCUUGCACCGCCUUUGGGACCUUCAACUCCUUAGGAGGCCACCUAGUAAUUCCCAAUUCAGGAGUAAGUUUGCUGAUCCCAGCAGGAGCCGUUCCACAAGGGAGAGUCUAUGAAAUGUAUCUGACAGUUCACAGGAAGGAGAACAUGAGGCCACCUGUAGAAGACAGCCAAACCCUGCUGACACCAGUGGUGAGCUGUGGCCCACCAGGAGCCCUGCUAACCCGGCCCGUCAUUUUAACCAUGCACCACUGCGCAGAGCCAAACACAGAGGACUGGCAGAUCCAGCUGAAGCACCAGGCUGCCCAGGGACCAUGGGAGGAUGUGGUGGUGGUCGGAGAGGAAAACUUCACCACCCCGUGCUAUAUCCAGCUGGACCCAGAGGCCUGCCAUAUCCUGACAGAAACCCUCAGCACCUAUGCCUUGGUGGGACAGUCAAUCACCAAGGCAGCAGCCAAACGUCUCAAACUGGCCAUCUUUGGACCGCUGUCCUGCUCGUCCUUGGAGUACAGCAUCCGGGUCUACUGCCUCGAUGACACGCAGGAUGCUCUUAAGGAGGUCCUUCAGCUUGAGCAGCAGAUGGGCGGGCAGCUUUUGGAAGAGCCUAAAGCUUUGCAUUUCAAGGGAAGCACCCACAACCUCCGUCUGUCCAUUCAUGACAUUGCCCAUUCUCUCUGGAAGAGCAAGCUGCUGGCUAAAUACCAGGAAAUUCCGUUUUACCACAUCUGGAGUGGAUGUCAGAGGAACCUGCACUGCACCUUCACACUGGAAAGGUUCAGUCUGAAUACCCAGGAGCUGGUGUGCAAACUGUGCGUGAGGCAGGUAGAAGGAGAAGGACAGAUCUUCCAGCUUAACUGCUCUGUCUCAGAGGAACCUACUGGCAUUGACUAUCCUCCCAUGGACUCAGCGGGCACCAUCACCACCAUUGUGGGGCCCAGCGCUUUCAGCAUCCCCCACCCGAUAAGGCAGAAGCUGUGCAGCAGCCUGGAUGCUCCCCAGACCAGAGGCCACGACUGGCGCAUGCUGGCCCACAAGCUGAAACUGGACAGGUACUUAAAUUAUUUUGCUACGAAAUCAAGUCCCACUGGGGUGAUCCUGGAUCUCUGGGAAGCCCAGAAUUUCCCUGAUGGCAACCUGAGCAUGCUGGCAGCCGUUCUUGAAGAAAUGGGAAGACACGAAACGGUUGUUUCUUUGGCAGCAGAAGGAAACUACUAAUGCAGCCUUGGCAUGACCAGGAAGGACAGACGCAGGGAGCGGUAAUGCCCUGUUAUUGCAAAGGAGAAUUGAAAUGAAAACCCAGACCAAUGAGUUACACAAGAGACGUUUCAGAGAAGAAAGCAAGCAAACAAACAAAAAAAAACAGCCCUGACCUUCACAUGUGCUCUCCUUGUACAUUAUCACAGGAUCAGAAAGAGAUCAUGCAAAGUUGUACCUUGAAAAUAUAAAUCAACCUAAUGUUCCUCUCGGCUUGGCUGUACACUGCUUGGUACAGGUUUUUACAGUUUCCUAGGAAACGCUUUUUAUUGCUAUCCAGAUAUAUGGAUAAACUUUCUUAACAAUCCCAGUUUCUAUGGAUGUUGUUUACAUCAAAUUCUGGACAGGGGUAAGGAAACUGUCCAUGGCUCUUUAUAUUUUUUGUUUAAAGCCAUUGUAGACAAGGCUAUGGACAGUUGGUUGUGGCUAUUUCAGCUUAUUGGUUUCUGGUGAAUUCAGAUUUUGGCUACAAUUCUGCACAUCGGUUGUCUCGCAAUGAUCCUCCUGUCAUUGUUCUGUUUCCUAGACCUACUUGUAAAAAAAAAAAAAAAAAAACCACAAGAAA